AUGGCGGCUCAGCGGCGGGUGUUCUGGGAGGUGCCUGGGCCUUACCCGCACUCCUUUGCAGUGUGUCGCAGUGUGCAGGAGUGGCACCAGCGGACCCAGCAGAAAUGGCUGCACUGUGCUGUGCAGAGGAAGGUGGAGGCCACAAUGCAGGAGUACCAGGCAGAGACUGAGGAGAGACGAAAGAGGCUUCGUGAGCUGCUGGAGGCAGAGGAAAGUAGGUUCUUUGCUGAGAUGGAGGCACUUGAGGAAACAGUAGAGGAGAAAAAAGUGAAGAUGAGGGAGAGAGCAAAAUUCCUGAGAGAGAAGAAAGAAAAAGAAAGGCAAGAACUGGUGGCUGAGAAACGAGACCAGCAAUUCAGAGAGCAGUGCGAGGAGCUCCGCAUAGAGUUGAUGAAGAAGCAUCAGAAGGAGGUGUGUGAAGACCAGCUGGCACAGUUAGCUCUGAAGGAGGAGCUGAGAAAGCAGCAGAAGAAGGAGGAGCAGAUGUUUGCAGAGCUCUGGGAAGAGGACAGGCUGGCUAAGGAGAGGCACGAGGCAGCUGAGCUGCAGAAGUCAGCAGAGGAGAGCCAGGAAGUGCUGAUAUCUGAGAAUGUCCUGUCGGGCUAA